UCCAAAUAUCCCGUCAGCCGUGCGCAUCCUCCCUGACUUUUCUUUGGGACACCGUGGCACCGUCUAAUUCAAUUCCUUUUUCCACAUUCACACAACUCGUGAUCAUUUAACUACAGGCUUAUUUAUUAUUGUCACCUCAGUCGGGUCAAUGUAUAUAGACGCGUUCAAACGGAUCCUCUUUGAAAGGCUGAACUGCUUGAAGAGAAUGUGUGUGUGUCAGCGACAAGGCAGCUCAUUUGCCAUGUCUAAGACAGCGGUGAAGAAGCUGCACUGGCGCUCCAGAGUGCAGGACAGCUUCGUCCCCUUGCUGGGCUCGUCGGGGGAGCUCGGGGUCGCCGUCGGCGGAGGAGCCGACUACGGAGAGUUUCCCUUUGUCACGGCAGCUCCGGGGGGCGGACUCACAGUUGGGGAUAUCAUCCUAGAGAUUUGGGGAACACCUGUGCUGGGGAUGACGCUAGGAGAUGUCCGUGGUGUUCUCAACUCCUGCCCCCAUCCUAUCCGCAUCAAAACGGUGUCACCAGGCUCCACACUGUGCAAGGAUCUCAGGUUGUAUCUGAGUAAGUGCUUCACACCCGGAUCAGUGGACAGCCAGCUUCAGCAGGUCAUCCGAGAGAACCUCUACCUCCGCGCCGUACCUUGUACAACCAGGCGUCCCAGAGACGGAGAAAUCUCAGGGGUCGACUACAACUUUGUCUCCAUCGAGGAGUUCUUCUCCCUGGAGGAGUCAGGAGCGCUGCUGGAGAGCGGGAAGUUUAAAGGGAAUUAUUACGGAACACCUCGGCCCGUCCACAUCAGCUCGGACAGCCCCCCCAUCACCUACCAGGAACACCGCAACCUGCUCAGGAAGUUCCGCACACGCAGCAAAUCGCUGAGCAACCUGGAGAAGGCGGGGGAGGAGGGGGACAACAGCGAGGACGACUCGGGCCUGUCCGGGGGCUCUGCAGGUUUGAGCAGCAGCUUCCGACCCAGCCACCGCUCCCCCGGUCGACCCCGGGCAUCCAGCAGCGGGGGGGAGGGCAGUCCCGUAGUGAACGGGAUCAUCCUCAGCAGGAGCGGGGCCAGGGUCCGAGCUGUGAUGCCUGAUCACUGGGAGCAGGCCUUCAGUGAUCCAGGAGAGUCUCAUUACAUCGAUCGCAACCCGAAGACGAGCAGCUGGCAGAGUCCUCGAGCCUUCAGCCGGGAGACGGUCUACAAGAACGAAUGGUUCACGGAUCAGCCCGAGGAGCUCCGGGGUUUCCCCAUCCACACGCUUCUGACCAAGGGCUCCCGGGGGUUUGGUUUCAACAUCGUGGGGGGCAGCCGGCUGAGGGAGUUCCUCCAGGUCUACAGUGUGACAUCCAGUGGACCUUCAGCUCUCAAGACAGCGGACAUCCUGGUCUACAUCAAUGACGUCUGUGUGUUGGGGGUGUCUCACAAAGAGGUGGUGGAGAUGCUCCAGUCGGUGCCUGUAGGCCACAGUGUGGACGUGGAGGUCAGAAGAGGCUACCCCAUGCUCUAUAACCCCGACGGCAUCCCCAAGCACCCCCCGCCACGGCUAAUGGACAACGGGGAGCCCAUCCUGCCCCCCACCACCACCCAGCCUCACCAGCUACCUCGCCUCCACACCCCCAGCCCCCAGCACUUCACCUUCAACGGCGUCCACAGCGAGAGGAGCUACAUGGAACCGGGCGUGACUCUGGACGCGAAUGGGAACGCCAUGUCGUACUCCAUCAGGCAGCCGCCUCCCUACCGACGCUCCAGCAUGAGCAACGCCGCCUCCUCGCCCCCCCUGCGCCCGCCCCGCUCCCUGAGGAGCAUAGCCAGGCUGCAGUCGCUCGACCAGAACCUGGCGAGUCAGAGUGACAGCGAAGUUGUGUCUGCGAUCGGCUCACACAGGGCUUCAAUGGUCCGUAACCACAACAACAACUCUCUCUCGACGCCCCCCCAUCCCAUCCGAUACGGCACGUCCAAGUCGUCUGAGAGCGACCUGUCCACCUGCACCCUGUCCGGGUCCCGGCUGCCCCUGCCUCAGUCGCCCAGGAGGCCGGCGUCCUCGCCCUGCGGCCCCCGCAGCGCCCACGUCUUCAGACAGCAGACCUCCCACCUCAGGCCUCCCUCCUCCUCCUCUGACAGCCCCUACCACCGCGGCAUCGGCGGCUUCCAAGGCACCACCAGCCCCACUGCGAGCCCCGGCACUGUGUCCUCUCCCGGGGCGCUGAGUGUGGGCAGCGGGGGGGAGCUGGUGCCAGUGGCCUUGGCUCAGGCUGAAGGAGACAGAGGCCUCGGCUUCAGCGUGACGGCCGGCGGCCAGGGAGGCAGGAUGACGAUAGUGAAAAGAGUCUGGGACAGGACGCAGUGCAACUCGCUGCAGCCAGGGGAUGCUAUUGUCAAAAUCAAUGGAGCUGAUAUCCAGAGUCUGAGCUUUUCACAGGUACAAACAGUUCUCCAGGAACACACCAGACAGGGAGAAGUGGUCUUACUGGUUUACAGAGGAGGCAUCUAUCACUCAACCGUCUCCCCCGGCUCUGCUCGGAGACUCCCCCCGCCUCUCCUCCGCCCCCCUCCUCCACCUGCUGGCUCGGAUGACUCCAGUCUUCUUCCAGAAACUCUGCCUUUGCCCCGGACCUCCAGGAGCACUCCUUCAUCUCCAGCCCGGACGCGUUCCUCGCUCGUUCAGAGCACCAGCUUCCUGGAGUCGAUUCCAGUGACCCUGACGAUGGAGCCCAAGGACUGGAUCAACACGGGCCUGGAGGACGAGGCGGGUGGCGUCACGCUGCCGGACUCGGGUCUGGCGAGGCAGCCGGUUGAGCAAACCCGAUCACGGCGGGGGUUCGACGUGGAACUCAGGAGAAAACCAGGAGAGGGCUUUGGGUUCGUCAUCGCCUCUCAGGAUGUGGAGAACGGCAAAGCUGCUUCUCUCCUCCCUCACCGGUUUGUGACGGUGCGUCGAGGCAGCCCGGCCGCCAAGAGCGGUCAGAUCCGACCCGGAGAUCGACUGGAGGCGGUGGAGGGGCGCUCCGUGGUGACGCUGCCUCACCGGGAGCUCGCUCAGAUACUUCGCCGGGUGGGAAACUCGCUGCGGCUCACCAUCGUCCCCCGUCCCAGCACCUACUCGUCAAGCCUCUCAGAAACAAAUGAAUAUGACCCCACUCACAAAAGCAGGAAGGGUCAGAGGUCACGUCCAAAGCGAGACUCCAGAUAUUACAGCGUGGACCUGGAUCGUGGCCCCUCAGGCUUCGGCUUCAGCCUGCGGGGGGGCAGCGAGUACAACAUGGGCCUCUACGUCCUGGGACUGAUGGAGGGGGGGCCCUCCUCCCGGAGCCAGAAAAUGCAGAAGCUCAUCAGAAGCUUCACCAGAGACUCGGUCGGUCCCUCCCUCCCCCCCACUCAUCAGGGCUGGUGGGGGGGGUGGAUCUCAGGCCCCACGGGGGUCAAAACUGUGGCGGUGGCUGGCGGCGGAGGCCGUACCCUCAGCGGCAGGGCUCCCGCCAUGGAGACCAGCCCUGAGAGCCCCAACCGGGCAGUGGAGUACCUCCUGGAGCUCAACAACAUCAUCGAGAACCAGGCCAAGCUCCUGGAGACCCAGCGCCGGCGCAUCGAGGAGCUGGAGGGCCAGCUGGACCGGGUCACCCAGGAGAACCAUGGCCUGAGGCUGGAGCGCAGCCCGCGCACGCCUGGUUCGGAGACCCCGGAGCAGAACCACAACCACAGCCAGCCCCUGUCUCUCCCCAUCCAUCGUGACAGUGGAGGCGGUGGCGGUGGUGGUUGUGGUGGUGUUGGUGUUGGCAGCAGUGGGAACGGUAGCGCACCAACACCUCAGGCGACAACUGCAACAGCCACAACUCCAGGGCCCAGCAGGGAGAGGAGGACCCACACCAGGCUGACCAGAGGCCCCUCCUGCAGCUCCUCCACCACCGAGCGAGACCGACUGGAACGCACCGACAGCACAGACACCAACGCCAGCUCCACCUUGCGUAGAAAUGUCCGGCCGCCGUCUAUCUCAGGGCAGCCCACCUCGGCGCCCAGCACUCCCACAGCUGCCCAUGCCGCUCCGUUCCCUGCCAGUCUGACUGUUCACAGCUUCGUCAGGCUCCAUCAGUACUGCUGCCCCUCCACUGACCACAGCUUACAGCAGCAGGAGCACAGGGUGACCAUCGUCACCACCACUUCCUUUGCAUCCUCGUGUGUCUGCCUCACCUCCUGCACCCCCCUCACCCACAGCUAA